AUGGAAAGUUCCGAUGGAAGAAACGGAUCUCAGUCUGUUCGAGUUGCGGUUAAUGUUCGACCUUUGGUUACUCCCGAGCUUCUUGUUGGUUGCUCUGAUUGUAUCAGUGUAACUCCAGGUGAACCUCAGGUUCAAAUUGGUUCGCAUUCGUUCACCUUUGAUUAUGUCUAUGGGAGUACCGGGUUUCCAUCUUCUCGGAUUUUUGACGACUGUGUUGCUCCUCUUGUUGAUGCACUUUUUAGUGGCUACAAUGCCACAGUGUUAGCAUAUGGCCAGACGGGCUCGGGUAAAACUUAUACCAUGGGGACAAACUAUAAUGGAGAAAGCAGUAACGGGAUUAUUCCUAAAGUGAUGCAAACCAUAUUCAAACGAGUAGAGGAGAGUAAAGGCAAUACCGAGUUCUUGAUCAGAGUAUCUUUCAUUGAGAUAUUUAAAGAGGAGGUUUUUGAUUUAUUGGAAUCAAGUUCAAUGGUUUAUUCUAAAACGGAGGGGAAUGGAAAACCAGCAGGGCCUUCUAGGGCUCCUAUUCAAAUAAGGGAAACAGCUAAUGGAGGGAUCUCUCUUGCUGGCGUAACAGAGGCUGAAGUCACCUCACAGGAUGAGAUGGCUUCAUUUCUUUUGCGUGGAUCUGUGUGCCGUGCGACUGGAAGCACAAAUAUGAACAGCCAAUCAAGUCGAUCACAUGCCAUUUUCACGAUUUCAAUGGAACAAAAAAGAAUUGCUGGCAUAACAAACGGAGAUGAUAACGGGGAUGACAUAUUGUGUGCUAAACUUCAUUUAGUUGACCUUGCUGGUUCAGAACGGGCAAAAAGAACAGGAGCUGAUGGGAUGCGUUUACGGGAAGGAAUUCAUAUCAACAAGGGUUUAUUAGCUCUUGGUAACGUGAUAAGUGCAUUGGGCGAUGAUAAGAAGCGGAAAGAAGGAGGCCAUGUUCCCUAUAGAGAUAGCAAGUUAACCCGUCUUUUACAGGACUCUCUCGGAGGAAAUAGCAAAACAGUUAUGAUAGCUUGUGUAAGUCCAGCAGACACGAAUGCAGAAGAAACCCUUAACACAUUGAAGUAUGCCAAUCGAGCUCGUAACAUUCAAAACAAAGCUAUUGUGAAUCGUGAUCCAGUUACAGCUCAAAUGCAAAGAAUGAGGAAUCAAAUUGAACAAUUGCAAGCUGAGCUUCUUUAUGUAAAGGGUGACUCUUCCACACCGUUCGAAGAACUUCAGAUUUUGAAACAGAAGAUAGCAGUGCUUGAAACAAGUAAUGGAAACUUGCAAAAGCAACUUCAAGAACAAGUAGUCAGUGUUGAACAUUUGACUAAACAAGCAAUUGAUGCUCAAUUUGAGAAAGACAGGUUGUUGCUAAAAAUUGAAUCUGCUCGUGAUGGUAAACCAUGGGAUGAGAUCGAUUGUGACUCAAAUCAGGACAUGGAUUUAUUGAAAACGUAUGUGUCAAAAAUUCAAGAAUUAGAAGGAGAAUUGCUGCGCUUGCGAAGAUUGAAUACUUCAAAACGUAGUGAACUUAUUGAUUACCUGGAUUUGGAUGACAACGUUCUUCACCCUAAAAGUGGUUUAUUCCCAGAAUCUGAUUCUAAAGGUGCUGAAGUUGUUGGUGACUCAGAAGAUGAGGAGAAGGAGCUAGAACAUUGUUCUUUGCAAGAGAAACUGGACAACGAGCUCAAAGAAUUGGACAAAAAACUUGAACAAAAGGAGGCUGAAAUGAAGCGGUUUGCGGGUGGUGAUACCUCUGUUCUUAAGCAACAUUAUGAGAAGAAAGUUCAAGACUUAGAACAGGAAAAGAGAAAUUUGCAGAAAGAGAUUGAGCAACUUAGGUGCAACCUUGCAAAUAUUUCUUCCACCUCUGAUGAUAGCACUCAGAAGUUGAAGGAAAACUAUCUUCAGAAGUUGAACUUUUUGGAGGCACAGGUUGUGGAGCUGAAGAAGAAGCAAGAUGCUCAAGCACAACUGCUAAGACAAAAACAAAGGAGCGAUGAGGCAGCCAAAAAACUUCAGGAUGAGAUUCAUAGAAUCAAAACACAGAAGGUUCAAUUACAACAAAAGAUAAAGCAAGAAUCUGAGCAGUUCAGACUAUGGAAGGCCUCAAGGGAGAAGGAAGUACUUCAGCUUAAGAAAGAGGGAAGAAGAAAUGAGUAUGAGAUGCAUAAGCUACUAGCUCUUAAUCAAAGACAGAAAAUGGUUUUGCAACGGAAGACAGAAGAAGCUUCUAUGGCUACAAAAAGAUUGAAGGAGUUGCUAGAAUCACGGAAGGCUUCUUCACGUGAAACAUUUGGAAAUAGCAGUGGCCCUGGAGUUCAGGCACUGAUGCAAGCAAUUGAGCAUGAACUCGAGGUUACUGUCCGUGUGCAUGAAGUACGUUGUGAAUAUGAGCGUCAGAAGGAAGAGAGGCUUAAAAUGGCUAAGGAGGUAUCAGAACUCAAGGAUGAAGCAAAUGCCGCAAAGCGAACAACUUUAAGUGAUUGUGCUCAGACUAUGUCGCCUGGUGCAAGAAAUUCAAGGAUAUUUGCUCUUGAGAAUAUGCUUGCUACUUCAUCCAGCACUAUUGUUUCAAUGGCCUCGCAGUUGUCAGAAGCAGAAGAGCGCGAACGGGCCUUUAGUGGCAGAGGUCGCUGGAAUCAAGUUCGUUCUCUUGCUGAAGCCAAAAACAUCAUGAACUAUUUGUUCAACCUGGCAUCCUCUUCAAGGUGCCAGCUAUGGGAUAAAGAAAUUGAUUGUAGAGAGAAAGAUUCAGAGAUAAGAGGUUUGAAGGAAAAAAUAGUCAAUUUGAUAAGACAAGUGGAAAUGCAGAAGGCAGAGCUCAGUCGGCUUGAGAAGUUCAAGAAGCUCAUCAUGUCAAGGAGUUUCAAGAAAAAGACAACCAAUCAAGUUUCCGCCAUAGAUGACAGCGAAGGGCAUGUAUAUGAUCUGCGACCGAAGGGACUCCGAAACUCCAUAGCUUAUGAGUUAUUGGAAGACAUGGACACAUCUGAGUCAGAACAUUCUGACUUUGAAGUUGAUCCUGAAUAUUCAAUAGAUUCCGAGGAUGAGUGGGGGAAUAAACGGAAACGAACAUCGAAAAAAACAUCUUCAAAUGAAGGAGAUACAAAUGUGAUUCAGAAACCACCAUCGGAAACUUGUUGUUCAUGCAGCAAGUCCUCUUCUUGUAAAACAAUGAAAUGCGAGUGCCGAGCUGUUAGGGGUGCUUGUUCCAUGUUGUGUGAGUGCCACCCCAGAAAAUGUAGUAACCGAGAAGUAGCAGUUGCCAAGGAGUCUGAUUCGCGACCAUUGGUUACUGGGGAAGACAACGUGAUUUUAUCAGAUGCUGAGGAAAUAGAGAAAAGCAGCAGCGCACUUGCAACUCAUGGCGCAAUGCUACUUCAGGCAGCCCUUGCAGAUAAGCCUGCUGAGACUAAAGACGCCGAUGGCUCAAAAAGAAAGCCGUUAUCCGACAUCGGAAAUAAAAUUGUGAAACCAAAUGCACCAAAACCGAAUGCCCCUAGAAAGAAAUGGCGGAAAUCAGUACAAAUCCAACUCAUUCCAGUGUCAUCGGACCAACCGCAAGUAGCAGAACCCGAAGCUCCAAAGAAACAAGAGAGUAGUGGCACAGCUGAAACUAGUAUCCCAUUGAGGUUACCUAGAGCUAUGCGAUCUGCAAUGUCAAAUGCCAAUAAUGCCCCUUUAAGAGACAGAAAUAUCGAACAACAGUCCGUUGAUUCAACGGUGAAUAAGGAAGCCGAUCAUGCAGAAGCUCCUCGUAGACCAACGGCAAACGAGAAAGAGAAUCACGGGGUUUAAGGUAAUUAAAUUCACUUUUCUUUGGCAUGAUUAACGUAAAAACUAGGAUCAAUGAAUCAAACCAAAGAAUAGGGAAUCGGUCAUUAAUUCUUCAUUGUUGACGGUCUCUUUUUGGUACGAUGAAAAGAUGCGUUUUUUUUAUGUAUGAUGAUUGAUCAAUCUUACAUUU